GGAGGCAGCAAUGGCGUCCCCGCGUUCUGCUGGCUGGCCUUCCGCUUUCCCAUGCAACGAACCAUUCCUCCGCUUCUCCUUUUCCCACUUCUUCUCCUCCCCACGUUUCCCAUUCUUCUUCUGUCUCUUUCCUUCCUUCCUCCACUCUCACUGCAUUCUGUCAUCCUCUCAAUGAAUCGCAGUUUUUUCUCAUUGCUGGUAUCACUCCUACGUUGCUGCAAUUGAUCCCAAUUUCCACAAUUCAAUGGACGAAGGACCUGAAGAAGAUGACCGGAACGUAUUGGAAGGGCUGUCCAAUACCCCGCCUCGCCGGAAGUCCCAUUCCUACAGCCAGCAGCUCCGUACCAACACCGGGACCCACCACAAGCGCCACCACCAGCUCCGCAAGCACAGCCUCGACGAGGAUCGCAUUCCCAACAUUCAAAACGCUAUCUACGAUAGCUAUGAAGAAGAAAAGGAUGGUGACGGUGGUGGCGCCUUUCGUCCUUAUUCCACCUCCAACGGCUCCGAUUCACACGAUCAUGCUAAUGUGAUCGAUGGCCAGGACGGGUGCCCGCCGGCCGCAGAUGGACCGCAAGAGUUCCAAAACAGAAACUACUUGCCGGAAUUUAUUGGGGCUGGAGGUGGCACCGGAAUUUUUAAAGUUCCCUCUCGCUCUGCUGUUCACCCUGGCCGUCCGCCUUGCCUUGAGCUCCGGCCUCACCCUCUUAGGGAAACACAGGUUGGGAAAUAUUUGCGAACCAUUGCAUGUACAGAGACACAACUAUGGGCAGGGCAAGAAUCAGGGGUGAGAUUUUGGAACUUCUCGGAUGUGUAUAAGGCGGGGAUCGGAAUUGGGGGUAGGGCAAGGAGAGGGGAUGAGGAUGCAGCACCGUUUCAUGAAUCGGCUGUCACGUCUCCUGCACUGUGUCUAAUGGUUGAUUUGGGGAGUAAGUUGGUGUGGACAGGGCACAAGGAUGGAAAAAUCAGGUCUUGGAAGAUGGACAGUUGCAAUUCAGAUGAUUCACCUUUUAAGGAAGGCCUCUCCUGGCAGGCUCACCGUGGUCAAGUUCUAUCAAUGGUGACUUCUUCUUAUGGUGAUAUAUGGUCGGGUUCUGAGGGUGGAACCAUCAAGGUCUGGCCUUGGGAGAGUGUUGAAAAGUCUCUCUCUCUGUCACCCGAAGAGAAGCAUAUGGCUGCCUUACUUGUGGAAAGGUCAGGCAUUGAUCUUAGGAACCAAGUUACUGUUAAUGGUGUUUGUAAUAUCUCAUCCUCGGAGGUGAAGUGCCUAUUGUCUGAUCACGUAAGAGCUAAAGUGUGGGCAGCUGGAUCUUUAUCCUUCUCUCUGUGGGAUGGUCAUACAAGAGAGCUUCUAAAAGUAUAUAAUGUAGACGGUCAAAUUGAGAACCGAGCUGACAUGCCUUCAUCCCAAGACCAAGCAGUUGAAGACGAGAUUAAUGUUAAGCUGCUGCCAAAAUCUAAAAAGGAAAAGGCUGGGUUCUUGCAGCGAUCACGGAAUGCUUUGAAUUGUGCAGCAGAUGCUGUUCGUAGAGCUGCAACUAGAACAGCCUUCGUGGAGGAUGCUAAGAAAACAGAAGCAAUUUUGCUUGCUCCAGAUGGAAUAAUCUGGACCGGUUGUUCGACUGGCUUACUCGUGCAGUGGGAUGGAAGUGGAAACCGCAUACAAGACUUCCUUCACCAUCCUUGUGCUGUUUUAUGCUUUUGCACUUGCGGGUCACAAAUAUGGGUCGGCUAUGUGAGUGGUAUGCUACAGGUGUUGGACCUUGAAGGAAACCUAAUUGCUAGUUGGGUUGCUCACAAUGGCCCCGUUAUGAAGCUGGCAGUUGGAAAUGGUUAUGUGUUUAGUUUGGCUAACCAUGGUGGCAUACGUGGAUGGAGCAUUGCCUCACCUGGACCCAUUGAUAACAUCAUGCGACAAGAAUUGGCAAGAAAGGAAGGAAAAUAUAGAAAACUUACAAAUGUCAGAAUUUUAAUUGGGACAUGGAAUGUUGGUCAAGGAAGAGCUUCUCAAGAAGCCCUUAAUGCGUGGCUGGGCUCUGCAGCAUCAGAUGUUGAGAUUGUUGUUGUUGGAUUACAAGAAGUGGAGAUGGGUGCAGGGUUCCUUGCAAUGUCUGCUGCUAAAGAAACUGUAGGGCUUGAAGGAAGUGCUGUUGGACAAUGGUGGCAGGAUGCUAUAGGAAAAGUCUUAGGUGAGGGAUCAGUUUUUGAACGUGUAGGAUCCAGACAGCUGGCUGCCUUGCUCAUCACAAUCUGGGUAAGAAAGACACUAAGAACACAUGUUGGGGACCUUGAUGUUGGAGCUGUUGCAUGUGGUUUAGGCCGAGCAAUCGGUAAUAAGGGGGGUGUUGGUUUGAGGUUAAGAGUAUUUGAUCGCUUAAUGUGCUUUCUGAACUGUCACUUUGCUGCACAUUUGGAAGCAGUCAAUCGUCGAAAUGCCGAUUUUUGCCAUAUAUUUCGAACAAUGACUUUCUCUCGGUCUCCAAUCCUCAAUGCUGCUGCUACAGUUUCAUCCGCUGCUCAAGUUCUUCGGGGUACAAAUGCUGCAGGUCUUAAUCCUGAAGAGGGGAAGCAUGAUCUUGCUGAAGCCGAUAUGGUCACUUUCUUUGGCGAUUUUAAUUAUCGUCUUUUUGGGAUAACUUAUGAUGAAGCAAGGGACCUGGUUUCACAGAGAAGCUUUGAUUGGCUUCGGGAAAAAGAUCAACUAAGAGCAGAAAUGAAAGCUGGUAAAGUAUUUCAGGGAAUGCGUGAAGCAAUCAUCCGGUUCCCUCCAACUUACAAGUUUGAAAAGGGGAAGCCUGGGCUAGGAGGGUAUGACUCGGGUGAAAAGAAACGAAUUCCGGCUUGGUGUGACAGGGUACUAUAUCGUGACAGCCGAGCAACUCCUACUGCAGAGUGCAGCUUGGUAUGCCCAGUAGCUGGAUCCAUUGAACAGUACGAAGCUGCUAUGGAAGUAACAGAAAGUGAUCAUAAACCAGUGCGAUGCAAAUUAAACGUUGAAAUUGCUCAUGUUGAUAGAUCCACGAGAAGAGAAGAAUUUGGUAAAAUUUAUCAAAAUAAUGAAAAAGUCAGGGCGUGCCUUGAAGAAUUGCGGAAUGUUCCAGAAACAAGGGUUAGCACUGACAGGAUAGUUCUUCAGGAUCAAGACACAUUCAGUUUAAUAAUAACCAAUAAAAGUGGAAACGAUAAAGCUCUUUUCCAAAUUUUAUGUAAAGGUCAAUCUCAAUCUCCAACAGGAGAAGGUGGUGAGCUGUCAGAUCAUCGUCCUAGAGGCUCAAUGGGAUUUCCCCGGUGGCUUGAGGUAACCCCAGCAGCUGGAAUGGUUAAACCUGAUCAGACCAUAGAAGUAUUGGUACGCCACUACGACUUCAACACGUCGGAAGAAUCUGCUGACGGGGGAGUUGCACAGAGCCGGUGGUCAGAUGAUAACAAAGAUAAAGAAGUGGUGUUGUUGAUCAAUGUGGUUGGAAGCCGUUCCACAGAGACAAUCACACACCAGGUACGGGUCGAACAUCGAUAUUCUCCGAGUGCAUCAUCAUCAUCAGUUCCCAAAAGCAGCAGUUGUAAAAGACCAGCAACAUCCCAGCAAAAGUCCUCUAAUUAGCUGCUGUCAUGCACAACGCUACUAGUUUCUGCUUCUAUUUUGCUUUGUUGCCUAGCUUAUUCUUGAGAAUAAUAUCCACUUGUAAAUACUAGUGCUCCCAGGAUUAAACUUAGUUUGGAGCCUGGCUUCCAUGGCCACCUAUGGAAUCUUGCUGUUCAGUUUUUAGCUAAGGAGUAUACUUCCAAUGACAUGGCCGUAUGUGCGUCUCUCUCUAUAGAUUUAAGAAAUUAUUGCAAAUACUUGUAAAACAUGAGUUAUGUGCAUACGUAGAGUGUCCAUGGUUCAUCAUUCAAUC